UGCGUGCAGAGUGCUCGGGGCAGGGUCCUGCGCGCACGGCCAUGGGACUCACGGCGCACAGCGGUGCGCGCCGGCCUCGGGGACGGGCAGUGCCAGCCUCCAGGGACUCCUUGCAGAUCAUGCUGUUUGUAUGUUUGCUUCUUACCUCGUGGAAACUGAGAGCAGCUAAUGCCUUUAAACCAAAUAUUCUACUGAUAAUGGCCGAUGACCUGGGCAUUGGGGACGUUGGUUGCUAUGGGAACCAUACACUGAGGACUCCAAACAUUGACCGGCUUGCAGAGGAAGGUGUGAGACUCACCCAGCACCUGGCAGCUGCACCACUUUGUACCCCGAGCAGAGCUGCUUUUCUCACGGGGAGACACUCUUUCCGAUCAGGCAUGGAAGCCAGCAAUGGCUAUCGGGCCCUGCAGUGGAACGCGGGCUCAGGUGGGCUUCCCCCCAAUGAAACUACUUUUGCAAGAAUCCUGCAGCAGCAAGGUUAUGCAACUGGCCUCAUAGGAAAAUGGCACCAGGGUGUAAACUGUGCAUCCCGUGCCGAUCACUGCCACCACCCACUCAACCACGGGUUUGACUACUUUUUCGGCAUGCCAUUCACACUUGUAAAUGACUGUGACCCGGACAGACCCCCCGAAGUGGAUGCAGCGACCAGAGCAAAGCUCUGGCAUUAUACCCAGAUAAUGGUCUUGGGGAUUCUCACCGUAGUGACUGCCAAGACCUGUGGUUUCAUCUCCGUUUCCUGGAAAGCAGUCACAGGUGUGGCCUGUCUUGGCUUCCUGUUUUUCGUCUCUUGGUAUGCCAGCUUCGGGUUUGUGCGACGCUGGAAUUGCAUCCUGAUGAGAAACCAUGUAGUCACGGAGCAGCCCAUGGAUCUGGAAAAAACAGCACAUCUUGUGCUAAAGGAAGCUGUUUCCUAUAUUGAGAGAAAUAAGCACGGGCCAUUUCUCCUGUUUGUCUCCCUGUUACACGUGCACAUUCCACUCCCUACCACGAAAGCGUUUCUUGGGAAAAGUCAGCACGGCUUAUAUGGUGACAACGUGGAGGAGAUGGACUGGCUCAUAGGCGAAAUUCUCAACGCUAUUGAAGAAAGGGGCCUGAAGAACACGACCCUCACGUAUUUCACCUCUGACCAUGGAGGACACUUGGAGGCGAGAGAUGAGAGCAGCCAGUUGGGAGGGUGGAAUGGAAUAUACAGAGGUGGCAAAGGCAUGGGAGGCUGGGAAGGUGGGAUCCGCGUGCCGGGGAUAUUCCGGUGGCCCGGGGUGCUGCCAGCUGGCCGGGUGAUCGAUGAGCCCACCAGCCUCAUGGAUGUUUUCCCUACUGUGGUCCAGUUGGGGGGCGGCCAGGUGCCCCAGGACAGGGUGAUUGACGGCCGCAGCCUGAUUCCCUUGCUGCAAGGAGCUGCUAAGCACUCGGCACACGAGUUCCUGUUUCAUUACUGUGGGGAGUAUUUGCACGCAGCACGCUGGUACCAGGACAGUGGAAGAGUCUGGAAGGUCCAUUACACGACACCACAGUUCCACCCCGAGGGAGCAGGGGCCUGCUACAGCCGAGGUGUCUGCCCGUGCUCCGGGGAGGGUGUGACCCAUCACAGCCCUCCUUUGCUCUUUGACCUCUCCUUGGACCCUGCUGAAGCACGACCCCUGUCUCCUGCAUCUGAACCUCUGUACCACACAGUGAUCGCAAGGGUGGACGAGGCUGUGGCAGAGCACCGGCAGACCCUGAGUCCUGUGCCCCAGCAGUUUUCUGGGAGCAACAUCCUGUGGAAGCCAUGGCUGCAGCCAUGCUGUGGACACUUCCCGUUUUGCUCAUGCCAUGAGGACAGGAGCAGGUCCCCAGAUAGGCCAGGACUGUAAGGGAGGACCCAAGAGAGCAUGACUGGAUUGAAAGAAAAACUCUCCAACGUUGAUAUUGACUUCUGUUUCCUUCUUGUGAGGAGCAUGCCCUGGAUGGUGAGUGGGUCUCAGUUUUUCUAUCAGUGGAAUGAGGACCUCCUAGUAGACACCCAAUAAUGUCCCUUCCUCCUCCUUUUCAAAGCUUGGGGGUAUCAUAUGACAGAUGCCUGAUUUUCUUACUCAUUGAUCUUAAAGCACACUUGAGAUUUCAUCACCUACAAGAACAGCCUCACAAAAUGACAGGCAAAGGUACCCACAACUACUGUUUUUCAGAUAACAGAGGAAAGUUAAAGUGGCUCUGUCUCCUGCUCUUGGGGUGACAAGUCCUUGAUCUCAAGAGUUUGACUCCUUUCCCACACAUUAGGGUCACUUUUAUGUGUCUGUAGUGCAUCAGUUAGGAAUUGCUUUGUGCUGCUGUUAACAGAUAAUGAGAAUCAGAAGGCCUUAAUCAAGGCAAGGGUGCAUUCUCUGCCAGGUAACAGGAAGCUCAGAUGGAAGCAUCCCAGGGCUCCAGGCUCUUUGCAACUCCCUACUUUAUUCUCAUGAGCAUGAAGAGUUUGCCUCAUGGUGUCAUAAUGGCUGCCACAGCUCCAGACCUCAUAUUGACAUUCCAGGCAGCAGGAAGGGCAAGAGCAAAAGGUCAUUCAUCACCCCUAAGUCAGUCCCUGUGAAGGGAGAUUAUUUGGAAGCCCCAACCCACAAGUUCUGCUUCCCACAGUCAUCCAUAGAAACAACUGGAAAUUGAGACAUGCAGUCCUUUCGGGUGGGCACCUUGCUGCCCAGAAUGAAAUCAGGAUUAUGCCGGUCAGCAGGAAGGAAAGAGAUUAAGUUGUCUAAGGUUUCAGAUGCACCACUUUUUUGGCUAAUUUAAGUGACUUUAUCUUGUUCAGCUUUCAAGCACAUCUUACAGCCAGUGCUUUCUUCCUGGAAAAUGAGCAGAAAUGUCUGGAUGGAAGGAGUUAACCUCAGACAAAGGACCAACCAUACACGAGGAAGGCCACAGGCAUUCUUCAAAUACCUCAUAUUUGACCAGUGUGUUAUUUAAAUAAAUCUUGCUGUGUCUCAUCCUCACACCCACCCUGGUGGCUCAGUAAUGCAGGUGUAACCCUAACUCACCCCACAGCUGGGAGCCCCUGCCCCCAGCUCCCCAUCCUGGUGGAUAUUGCACUGUCUCUGAGUCCACUAUUGGGGGGUAGUCAAAGGGGAGACUAUGGUGCAUCUAGGGAAGGGAUCAUUCACUACCACGUACCAACGAGAUUGGCAUUGCAGGGACCUGGGAUGGGAAGGUAGGAAGUCAUCACCACACGUAGGCAUGGAGGCUUCUGGAAUCCAGAGAGAGGAAUAGCAGGGACUGCCUGCAGGGGUGAGGGUCUUGGGGAGAACUGAGGCAGCCCUGCCAGCUCAGAAAGGGCAGGUGGACCCUUUCUCCCCCAGCUCUCCAUGCCCAAAUCCUAAAGGGACAUUUGUUGGCUGAAAACUUGAAGCCAGAAGGAAUCUGAGGCAAGAGAGACAGCUGGAGAAAGACCCGGAGCAUAAACAGGACCAAGCACAACCUUCAAACAGUAAAAUAGAAGCAUCCAUGGAGUGUGCGGGCUGGGGGGAGGGUCACUAAAAGCUGUCUCAUCUUUUAUUCUGCUCGGCAUGGUGUUGAACAAACCCCUUAAAACAAAUCUCUCACUUGAAACGUUCAAACCGAUCACAUUCUAAGAAUUCCGUGGUGUUCGAUAAAAACUGCUGUGGAUUUUGAUCUCUUAAAGCUUCCCUAUAAGAAAGACACAAGUAUAUAUCAUCGGUUCCUUAGGACUUGCUAAGAGGGUCCCGACGUGCCUCGCCAGAGUUGUGGAGGCUUUUCCUCGCCCCUUAUUUGAUCUUUAAAAGUGAACGUAAAAGGGAUUUAAGUCAACCUAAACCUAAGCCGCUGGUCUGGAUAGUUGAGGCAAUUAAGUUGCAUCUGGCUGGUUCUGUGGACCACUCCACAGAUAGGAUGGUGGGAUUUCUGGGGAAUCAAAUGCAUCUUUACGCCAACGA